GGCGCGCAGAUGGCGCGCAGCGUCUCGAUGUAAUGGCGUAUUUUCACGACUGACGACCAGGGAUAGGCAGAAACCACAGAAAGUCGCCGAAUAAACUUGCUUUAUUUUGUCAUUGUUUAUGUGUUCAGUAUGUACACGUGCAUCGCGCCGCAGCAGCCGCGCUGCGGGUGUCCCCCGCAGCCGCCGCCGGGCCAGCGCAUCCAGCCGCCGGCAGACUGUCGCCCCGGGCCCAUCCCGCCUAACCCUUGCGUGCCCAAGUUCCCUGGCAAGGACACCUGGCAGAAAUACAGGAAUAUUGUGGUCUUCAUUUGUUUCCCUCUUAUGUUCUUUCAAGCGUUCACCGCGCUAGGUCAUCAGACGCCUUCUAAAACAGAAUGUCGUGAAUACGAAUACAUGCGAAGACGUACAAAGAGAUUUCCAUGGGGAAGGACGGGUACAAAGAGUUUAUUCCACAACCCUCGAUGUAACUACCUUCCUGGAGAAUGUGGGCCUCCGCCCUUGGAUUGUGAUUGAUUUCGAUGUUAAAUUUUUGCGCUCGCCUUUAUGAGACCUUAACAUCAGCUGCUUGGAUUGCUGACAGCAUAUAAAUAAAAUGACCUGAAUGAAUAAAA